AUGUCAAAGCUCUCUCGUUCUCAAGCUGAGCAAAAGCAUACUCAUCUCGAUGCUUCAAGACAGUUUCCGCCAGUUGAAGCCGCCUGUCCCGCCCAUGCUCGAAGUCUUCGCGUAACGCAAGAGUUACGCGAUCGAAGAAGCUCUCGAAGACACACGCUCUCCCACGAUAGCUUGGAGAGCGCCUUCCUUCCUCCUCCACCUCCUUUGGAGUGCUCUCGCGGUGGUCAGCGCUAUAUGAUUGAGCGGCUCUUGAACCACCGCGAUGUGAACGGACGUCGGACGAGCUAA